AUGGUUUCUCUAACAAGUUUGCAUCACGAAGCUUUGGAGGAGAUAUUCCACCAACUCAACCAAUACCACACUUUAGCCCUUGCUCCAUUGCAUUCCAAGUUCUACUACGUUGCCAAGCCCAAGUUGUACCGGAACAUUUAUGUUUAUAUUCCAUGGACGUUGAACGACGCGUUGGAGCUGAAUGAACAAAACUCGACUUUCCACUUCCCCAAGAAUCUCAACAAUUGCAAGAGCACAAAGUACUCAAUAAUAUCCACAGACACAUUUGAGAGAUAUUUGAUGAGGAUGGAUCUGUCGCAAGAGAUCAAUCGCUUGGAAUUGUAUGGUCACAAUAUGACCAUGAUUGAUUGUAUAUUCCGACAUUUUACCAAAAUCAAGUAUUUUGAGUUAGUUACGGUUCUUAUUCCAAGAGAACAGAGGGAACCAGGCUACCUUCUCCACAUUCAAGAAUACAUUGACGUGUAUGGUUAUGGUACUCAUUAUAUUUCUCCCAAUUUAUUUAGCAGAUUUCCCGAACAUGAACUAACUGCUAGCAAGCUGAUCCAAGUUGGUGAGUGGUUUUGUUGUAACGAAAUCGAUAAACUUCACCUGUCAAAGAGCUUGAAGGAGCUCACAAUUAUAACUUCUAGUGGUCAUUGUCGUAUGCGUUGUCGCUUCAAUAUGCAGUUGCGUGUAUUGAACUUUUAUGAUUCUUACGAAAGCAUGAGUUUGAAUUUCCCGCUACGUGAUUAUUUCGACACUGGUUCUCUUUGUGAAUUGUCGCUCAAGGGAGAUAUCGAUUUGGAUGCUAUGUUCACUUUCACUGACAUGGAGAAAGAGUUUCCGAAAUUGGGACAAUUAUGUUUACGUUUUGCCGGGCAGAAGGAGAGAUGUCUUGCGCCUAAGCCAACAGCCAUACUGGCGUUGCAUUAUCAAAUGUUUGCUUUUGAUAUCUUUAUACAUUUCUAG